GGUGUGCGUGGCUAGUGACCAGCUUGCUGUUUGCAGGCGGAGCCAGCCACCCCUGGGUCCCUCAGUGUCUGUGGGGAUAGGUGGGGGCACUGCCAGUGUCUGAGCCAGGACUACACCCUCACCUGUCCGUAGGGUUCAUUCCUCACCCCGGGCAUUGGGAGGAAUGUGCUUCCUUCUUUGGGUGUGCCCUGGCCCUCGCGUGAGGGGGAAGGAGGGGACUAGACCUUUCACACUCGACUGAUGGAAACACGGUGCGUGGGGCCAGGCCCAGAGUGCGGUAAGUAACCCUUCUUGGGUCUUAGGCCCGCUCGUGGCCUGAGUUCCUUGUGCCCCGGCUGCUAGGAAGGAAGAGACCGAGCCCUGAACAGCCUCAGAGCAGUGUCUCUCCGCUCUCUCCAGUCUUGGUUGCCGGUGUAAAGAGGCAGAGCCGCAAAUUUGAUGCGGGUCCAGUACCUCCCUCUCUACCUGCUGGGUCCGGCCCUGCCUGAGUGGGCGGGGCCGUUCGGCCGCGGCUGACUAAGGGCCAUUCCCGGGAGCAGAUGCUCAAAUACCGCCCGCCCGGGACCAAAGCCUCCCUGUCCCAGUCUGACUCCGAAGCCUGGACUCCGGGUCCCCAGCUGAUCGCCACAGCUCGGGUCCCAGGCCACCUCAAGCGCCUGCUUCCCUCUGAGGCUCCCGGAACCUGGCCUGACCGACUUGUGAAGCCCAGCGCGGACGCGAGACAGAAGCAGCAGCAUCUCGGACCUUCCUCUGGACGCUUUCUCUUGGCCUCCUAUGCAGAGCGGCCCCUGCUCCCGGCCCGCCCGGCUUAGUGCGCGGACCAUGGGCUCCCCGCCGGCGCUGCUGGCUGCGUUGCUGCUCCUGCACGGCCUCCUGGGCCAGGCCCCGGCAGCUGCUGCCUCCCGCGCUGCCAAGGUCCGGGUGGGCGCCUUCAACAUCCGCAGUUUCGGUGACAGCAAAGUGGCCGAUCCUGCCUGCGGCAACUACAUAGCCCAGAUCCUGGCCGAGUAUGACGUGACCCUGGUUCAAGAGGUCAGAGAUCCGGACCUGAGCGCCGUGUCCGCGCUCCUGGAGGAGAUCAACAGAAUAUCCGAGUACACCUACAGCUACGUGGCCAGCGAGCCCCUGGGACGCGACAACUACAAAGAGAUGUAUCUGUUUGUCUACAGGACUGAGACGAUUUCUGUGUUGGAUAGCUACUGUUACCCAGACCCUGAAGAUGUUUUCAGCAGAGAACCUUUCAUUGUAAAGUUUUCAUCUCCCAACACAGCCGUGAAGGAAUUUGUCCUAGUGCCCCUGCAUUCGGCCCCACAUAAUGCUGUGGCAGAGAUUGAUGCCCUCUAUGAUGUCUACUUGCAUGUGAUUGAUAAGUGGGGGACCGACGACAUCCUUUUCCUAGGUGACUUCAACGCAGACUGUAAAUAUGUCAGGCCGAAUGACUGGGCUAAAAUCAGGCUUCGAACUAGUGAGAUUUUUAAAUGGCUCAUACCAGAUGACACUGACACCACUGUGGGGAAUUCUGACUGUGCUUAUGACAGGAUUGUGGCCUGUGGUUCUCACCUGAGAAAAUGCAUCGCACCCAACUCAGCUAUGGUGAACAACUUUCAGAAGUCCUUCAGCCUGGACCAGACUGCAGCUUUAGCCAUUAGUGACCAUUUCCCUGUAGAAGUGACACUGAAAACUCAUUGAAGCUUCCCCAGGACUGCCUAGGAUGUUCUUCCUUCAGCCUCUUUUGUCACGUCCAAUAUACAGCCCCACAGGACACUAAGGUGGGACAACACUCCUGGCCUUGGAGGAGGUGGUCAGCUGCCACAGAUGUUUUCCUUUUUCAAGGCUGAAGAUUUUCAGGAACUACCACUUUCCUGGUUCAGUCCCUGAGUUCUGGGGUCCUGAAACAGUUCUAGAGGCCUUGAAGCACCUAUUUCCAAACCCCAAUGACAGGCUAAUCCCCUUUCCUUUACCAGACACCACCAAAUAUUUUCUGGGGAACUGUCACUCAGCCUAACAGACCUGUUUAGUCUAGGUUUCAAGCACAAAAUCCUUCAGGUUUCUAUAGAUCCUGGCAGUUAGCAACAACUGUGGACAAGAUAAUUAAAUUAGAAUGGCCAAGUCCAGAUAGAGUCACACUCAAAAAACGACAAGGUCAACAACUCUGAUUUUGGAUGCAUUAACAACAGAAUGAGUUCAUUUCCUAGUUUUAGAUUCCCUGGGCUUUGUAAUCUGCAACAGCUCUUCAUAGCCUUCCUCAGCAGGAAUGGGAGAAUUCCUUGCUGCCACCUGCCCUCUUUUGCCUUUUGACGAAGGCUGGGGUUGGUCCUAGAAAGUCUUUAUUUUCAAUGUUUGCUAAAAGCCCACUCUGGAGAAAACAACUUUCCAACCACUUGUUUCAGAUUCAUCCUCAUGCCUACAAAAGGGAAUUUGGGGUUUGUCCUAAUCUAUUUAAAAAAACAAACGAAAACAAGAAGAUGCCACUUUUAACUGGUGUUCUGUCCCCAAAAUACUGUUCACAGCAGGUCCUAAAAUUGGACUUCUGAGCCAGGAGAGAUCUGAGAAGCUGCAUCUUCCCUGAUUGCCACUCCUAGUUCAGUUUUCAAAUUUAAAAGAUUUUACAUUAAAUGAAAAAAAUUUAAAUCCUUGUCCUUUGCUGCUUUUCAUAUCCAUUAUUUCCCUUGUCACAAAAGCUGGGUGAAUAUGUAGUAGAAGGAUCAUUCUUUCUUUUUGACAGAUGAGGAAACCAAGAUCCAGAAGUUAAGGGACUCAAUCCCAAACAAUUGUGCCUUGAAUUCAUAUAGCCCUUCUCCAUUUCCAGUUUCAUUAGUUUUCUUUUCCUUUCCUUUUCUUUUUUUUUAACCCUUACCUUCCAUCUUGGAAUCAAUACUGUGUAUUGGUUCCAAGGCAGAAGAGUGGUAAAGGAUAGGCAAUGGGGGUUAAGUGACUUGCCCAGGGUCACCCAGCUGGGAAGUGUCUGAGGCCAGAUUUGAACCAGGACUUCCUGUCUCUUGGCCUGGAUCUCAAUCCACUGAGCUGCCCAGCUGCCCCCUUCUUUUCCUUUUAAAAACUCUUAUCUUCUGUCUUAGUCUCAGUUCUAAGACAGAAGACAAGGUGAGGCAAUCAGGGUUAAGUGACUUGUUCAGGGUCACAGAGCUAGGAUCUGAAGCCAUGUUUGGACCAAGGUCCUCCCAACUCCAGGUCUGCUGUUCUACUCACCGUGCUACCCAGCCAUCCCUCAGUUUUCCAAAAGCAAACCUUUUCUGAACGACUUCUCCAAUCAACUGGGACUAGGUCCCCAAGAGGCAGUCUGGAAGAGUCAAGGUCUCAAGUGACACACAGUGACUAUGUAGUUUUGGGUGAGCCAUUUAACCUCAAAGGGCUCCCAGGUCUUUAAAAAAAUCCCUUACCUUCUUUCUUAGAAAUAUAUUUGUUGGUUCCAAGACAGAAGAGCAGCAAGAGCUAGGAAAUAGGGCUUAAGUGAUUUGCCCCAGAUCACAGAGCUAAGAAGUGUUUGAGGUCAAAUUUGAACCCAGGACCUCCUGUCUCUAAGCCUGGCUCUCAAUCCUCAGAGCCACCUCACUACUCCCUGGGUCCUUUCUACAAUAGUUGGAAGUUGCAGGUCUGGUAGAGGAAGUAUUCACACAGGUUCGGCCUCUCCCUUCUCACCCCUCCAAAAUUAGGUUCCAUUCAGGAACUUCACCAAGUAGCCCAAAGGAUUCAAAUGACAAUCUUAUAUUUGAUGGUUUGGACUAAGAUACUCUAGAGUUAGGAAGGAAUAUCUUUUUUCUUUCUUUUAAAUUAUUUAUUGAGAGUUGGUUACAAUAAAGUUCCUGGGUCUGUCCUUCUCUCCCUCCCCUCCCCACACUAGAGAAGGCAUCAUUUGACAAAAUAAGUAAAUAAAAAUAUAUGUAUAUAUUAAAUGUGUCUUUUGUGUCUCUGUCAGUGCUUUCUCUGGAAUGAUUCUGCAAACAUUAAUUCUGUAGCUGUAUCUAAUGUUCCCUUGGCUCUAUUGGCUUUUCAUCAUUGCAUGUUGGUCUUUCCAUGUUUUGGGGCAUCAUAAACCUUGACUUUCCCCAUCCCCAAUUGAGGGGCAUCCCCUUGACUUCCUGUUCUUUGCCACCACAAAGAAAGCGGCUUUAAAUAUUUUAGAUCAUGCAGUCUUCUCCUUGGGUCCAAGCGCACACGCAGUUUUGUAAUGCUCUGGACAGAAUUCCAGAUUGCUCUCCCAAAUGGCUGGAUUGGUUCACAGCUAGUUCCACCAACAGUGGGCCAGGAAUUCUCUACACAAUGAACAGGCCCCUCGCUGAGCGUCUGGAUCUUUAAGAGUGCCUUAACAGAAACAUUUGUAAACCUUGCAAGGAAUGAGAUUUGUGAAGACCCCGUCAGCCUCUGGCUCUUUACCACUCCCAAUCUCUGCAACACCCAAUUCCAAUGAUAAAUGAACAAAUAAGGAUGCAGAAAAGUUGUUUAUUUGAAAAGUCUUAUUGGUAUGGAAAACACAUUUCCACCAUGAACACGGGGGAGUGAGCUUUGCAGCUCACUGGUUCCCUGUACAACUGCAUCUCACCACUAGCAAACAGGCAGCCUGAGGCAGGGGAGCAAAAGUGUUCAGGACUUUUAUUCACAAUUCUCUUUGAGCAAAGGUGGGCCCUCACAGAGGAGUUCAAUGUCAAAGUUCCAGUCAACCCACGACUCAUGAUUCCCAGGUAAAGGGUUGCUCAGAACACAAGACUUCCUUUCCACAUCAUCAGUCAAGUUUCUUCAGAACCUACCCAAGUACCUUCUGGGGGGGGGGGGGAAUGGGCUAAAAUUACUGAGGGGGACAGAGGAGGUCAGGAAAAAGGGGACAAGAUCUUCUGAUCCGAUCAACAAACCAAGAACGAAUAAUGAAAGUUAUUUUUAUCUUGAAAAA